UCUUCUGCAAUCUAAGAACUUGUUUAGUAAUCAAAUCAAAAUAUGUCUCUCUUGCCCCAAAAUUCUCCUUACAUUCCCAUAUUGAUUUCCAUCUUUCUGAUCAUCAUUAUAGCUUUUUCAAGGAAGAAAUUCAAAGCCUCCCAAAACAACAUAGCUCCAGGACCAUGGAAGCUGCCAAUAAUAGGAAACUUACACCAGUUGAUAGGUCCAUUACCCCAUCGAUUGUUAUCAAACUUGGCCAACCAAUAUGGUCCCAUUAUGCAUCUUCAACUAGGAGAGGUAUCAGCCAUUGUAAUCUCUUCCCCAGAAGCAGCCAAAGAAAUCCUCAAAACUCACGAUCUCAGCUUUGCAAACCGGCCUAAUGUCGUUGCUGCUGAUAUCAUGUCGUAUGGUAAUUUAGGCAUCGGUUUCACACCUUAUGGAGACUACUGGAGACAGAUGAGGAAGAUUUGUAUGUUGGAGCUUUUGAGUGGUAAGCGAGUCAUGUCGUUUAGAUCAAUAAGAGAAGAAGAGGUGUGGAGUUUCGUUGACUCUUUAACUCAGUCAUCUCAUCUUGGUGUUGCUGUAAAUCUCAGCCAGAAGCUAUUUUCAUUGACAAACGACAUCGUAGCUAGAGCAGCGUUUGGGAAGAAGUGUAAAGAUCAAGACGAGUUGAUGUCGUUGGUGAACGAGGUGAGGAAGGUCUCUGGUGGGUUUGAUAUUCCUGAUGUGUUCCCUUCACUUAAGUUUCUUGGCUUUGUGACUGGGAUGGUCCCGGCCCUGAAAAAGAUUCAUAGGAAACUUGACAAGAAUCUUGACAACAUUGUAAAUGAUCACAAAGCUGCUAAACUACUACUGAGCUCGGAUUGUUCCACUUCCCCCAAUGGUGUUGAGGAGGACAUAAUCGAUUUACUUCUCAAGCUUGGGGAGUCUGGUGAGAUUGAGUUCGACAUCACAACCACUCACAUCAAAGCUGUUGCUAUGGAUAUAUUUUCAGCUGGGAGUGAGACUUCAGCAACCACAAUAGAAUGGGCAAUAACAGAGUUGUUAAGACACCCAAGAGUGAUAAAAAAGGCACAAGCAGAGGUCAGAAAAGUCAUGCAAGGAAAGAGCAAACUGGAAGAGAAGGAGAUAGAGAAUAAGCUAACUUAUUUGAAAUCAGUCAUCAAAGAAACUCUAAGGAUUCACCCUCCAGUGACUUUGAUCCCAAGAGAGUCAAGAGAAGAAUGUGAAAUCAAUGGAUACAAAAUACCCAAUAAAACAAAACUACUAAUCAAUGCAUGGGCAAUUGGGAGAGACCCUAGUCACUGGGGUGAAGAUGUUGAGUCAUUUAGGCCAGAGAGAUUUGAAAGCAACUCCAUUGAUUUCAAAGGGAAUAGCUUUGAGUUGGUCCCAUUUGGAGGAGGUAGGAGAAUAUGCCCUGGCAUUUCAUUUGGUGUGGCUGUGGUUGAGCUUGUUCUUUCUCAAUUGAUUUAUCAUUUUGAUUGGGAGGUAGUGGAAAGUAAUAAACAAGUUGAUGCUGUUGAGUCUUUUGGAAUAACUUGUAGAAGAAAGAAUGAUUUGAUUUUGAUUCCCACCAUUCCAUUCUCUGUAGAUAUAUAGAGAAAGAAAAUGGUACUUAUUAAUUAGUACAAUAUUGUAUUCUAUUUUGGGAUAAGAUUUUAAUGAUAAAUUGUACUUAUUUAAAGACAUUUCUUUACCUAAUUUUGUAAUUUUA